CAACUUCUCUGGACAUUCCUUCCGGUGCGUCAAUUCAACAUGGCAGCGCCCGUUACUGUGGGAGGGAUCGUGGAGCAAAACAUCACUGAAACGGAACAAAUAUUACCAGAAUCCACAUCUGGAGAAGUGAAAAGGCCUCAGUUCGGAACCCGUUUCCUGACAGACCCACGUCAAGUUUUUCAACACAACGCAUGGGACAAUGUGGAGUGGACAGAGGAGCAAGAGGCAGCUGCCAAGAAGAAGGUCCAGGAAAACAGUCAGCCCCUCCCUCAAGAGAAGCAAGAGGACUUUGACUGCCGGGCGAACGAGUACUGGAAUGAAUUCUACACCAUCCAUGAGAAUCGCUUCUUCAAAGACCGCCACUGGCUCUUCACAGAGUUCCCUGAGCUGGCCCCACAGUGUCGCCUCAACCGGGACUCCUGUAUUGGGGACGAUAGAGCUGAGAAGAGUGAACCACAUGGUCUCGAACAGAGCCAGGGCCAAAGCAGUGAAGUCACCCCCCUGGCCCAUGUAGAUGGUGACUACCCUGGAUCCAGUGCCAUGUAUCGCAUACUGGAGGUUGGCUGUGGUGUUGGAAACACUGUCUUUCCCAUUCUGAAGACCAACAAAUGCAACCCUGUUCGCACCUCCAUGUUCCAUGACCCUGUCUUCUUUGUGUGGGACAGUGACCCUGGACUCUUUGUCUACUGCUGUGAUUUCUCCAGCACCGCUGUAGAGCUGGUCAAGGCUAAUUCAGAGUAUGACCCCGGGCGCUGCUAUGCCUUUGUUCAUGACCUGGGUGAUGAGGGCGCUAUUUACCCUUUCCCAGACGCCAGCCUGGAUGUUAUAGUGCUCAUCUUCGUGCUCUCAGCCCUGCAUCCGGACAAGAUGCAGGCCUCCAUCAGCAGACUGGCUCGGCUGCUGAAGCCUGGAGGAGUGCUGCUGCUCAGGGACUAUGGGCGCUAUGACAUGGCACAGCUACGCUUCAAGAAAGGAAGGUGCUUGUCAGAUAACUUUUAUGUCCGUGGUGAUGGAACACGAGUCUAUUUCUUCACUCAAGAUGAGCUACAUGACUACUUCAGUGAAGCGGGUCUGGAGAAGGUCCAGAACAUGGUGGACCGGCGGCUGCAGGUGAACAGAGGCAAGCAGCUGACCAUGUACCGUGUCUGGAUCCAAUGCAAGUACCGCAAGCCUCAUACCCAACCACCAGAGACACAGGAGUGAGCCAGGAACAGCAGAGAGAACACUGUGUGGCUUAUCAUUGAACUAGUGUCUGAGGUAGAUGUGGGACUGCAACCCCUGGGAGGGAUGGAUAGAGUUGGAGAUGGAUUGAGGGGUGAUGUGUGUGCAAUGCACUAGACAUGUUUUGCUAUUGGGUUCCCUCAGCCAUUUGUCUUCACAGCCCUGGCUCAGAAACGGCAUAUAGAAAAGGAUGAUGAGCUAAUGAAACCUGGAAAAAGGUCUGGAAACCCAAUGUUCUAAUGUUUACAUUCAACAGACUGUUUGCCAUUUUUCAUUGUUUUAAGAUUAAUUGUGAUGUAUGAGUUAAAAACAAUUUUUUACAUAAACACUUUCAAGAUGAUUAAAAAACUAUGUGUAAACCCA